AUGCCCUACAUGUUCGAGGAUCGGACAGGCCGUGUAACUGGCUCUGAUUAUGAUGACAUCUACGACCGCAUGUUCAUACGUGUCGUACCUCAUCCACGCUCUCCUGCCAGAAGCGACAACGUUCUGGCUAUAUACAACAUGGGACGCCGUUCAACUCGACACGGAGAUACGCGGCAUCUGGAGAGACAGCCUUUAGUGGUACUCGAGUUUGCAGAGGGUGCUGCAGGAGGACUAGGAAAUAUCAGUUUUUUCUACCCUCCUGCGCCCAGCAUGACGAUGCCGAUGAACAGAUACCUACGAAAGACAACCUUUUUCGGAGGAUCCCUCUCCAGAAAAUUUCGGGCGAGUGAUGGCCGGGAAUACAGAUGGGAGCACCAAAGUGCAGACGGCCACGAGUGGUCGUGUAUUUCAGAAGAAAAUUACCUUGUCGCUCAUUACGAACUUCGUCAACCACACAUGCCAGCUUAUGGCGUCUCCGGAAACACUCUGACCAUUCACGAAUCAUAUUGUCACCUUUCCAUAGACAUUAUGGCUUCGCUCCUCAUCAUGCGCUACAUUGCAGAGCACAACCUGUAG